AAAUUUACUAAAAGCAUCUUACAAAAUGGUAUCAUGCCUUUCCUAUUUACCGGCAUAAUUUCGACCAUUCACUUAACGUAAAAGUAUCAUAUAACUGUAUCAUAUUGCGAAAAACAUAACCUCAAAUCAGUGAGGAUAAAUUUAUCUCAUUUCGCAAUAUCGAGAAAAAAAUUACUGAUUUUGCUCGUAAAGACAUUAUAUAAAAUGACUACAGCAAAAAUCGAAUUUGCGGUGGAAAUGACUUGUCGAAAAUGCGUUGAUUCGGUACGGAACACUUUAAUUGGCGUAAAUGGAAUUAAAAAUAUUGAUAUAUCAUUAGAAAAAGGAAGUGUUAUAGUUGAAACAAAUUUACCAUAUUCUAUAAUUCAAGAAAAAAUUGAACAGACUGGGAGAAAAGUUGUUUUAAAGGGAUAUGGAGAUAGUUCUAGUGCAGUUGCGAUGUUAGGAGGGAAUUCAGGAUAUACCGUAGAUAAUAAAAUAAUGGGUGUAAUAAGAUUUGCAGAAACUCCUGAUGGAUGUCUUAUAGAUGGAACAGUUGAUGGUUUAGCACCUGGUAAACAUGGCAUGCACAUUCAUGAAUGUGGUGAUAUCUCUCAAGGAUGUGAUAGUGUUGGAGAACAUUUCAACCCAAAUAAUACAUUACAUGGUGGACCUGAAGAUGAUGCAUUUAGACGGCAUGUUGGAGAUUUGGGAAAUAUAAUGGUCAAUGAUUCUGGUAGAGCUACUUUUAGAAUAAUAGAUAAACUUGUAAAAAUACCUGAUGUUAUUGGAAGAUCCUUAAUUAUAACAGAAAAACCAGAUGAUUUAGGAAGAGGUGCUGAUCCAGAAUCUAAAAUACAUGGAAAUAGUGGAAAUAAACUGGCCUGUGGUAUAAUUGCUCGUUCAUCUGGCUUAUUUCAAAAUACAAAAAAGAUCUGUGCUUGUGAUGGACUUACAUUAUGGGAUGAAAGGGAUAAGGCACUUAAAGCUAAACAUGAUUUUUCUGGAGCAAGUAACAAUUCAAAAUUAUAAAUAAUAUAUAAAGAGGCUACAAAUUGGGUUUUGCAAACUGAAUCAUUCCAGUAAAGCAUUUCUAAGUGCAUGAUA